AUUACUUGAUACGCUCAGGCGUGAAGAGCAGGGAUUGGUCAGGGUUUGGGAAGGAAAUUAGUGUAACACACGAUUUCUUCUUUCCUCUUCUACGGCGAGGGGGGAGGGAGUCGAGUCAUCACGGCAAUCUGCGUUGAGCAAAUAUAUAUAUCAUCCUCCUCCAUGGGUCACACGGAUGGUAACAUGGCGUCUGCAUCGCUGCUCUUCCUCCUAACGGCGGGCUCUGUGUGUGGACGAGCCGCGGCGGAAAAGAAACUGGUUUACGUGACCGUGCUCUUUCGGCAUGGCGAUAGAUCGCCAGUCAAAGCCUUUCCCACCGACCCACACCAAGAGAGAGACUGGCCACAGGGCUUUGGACAGUUAUCGCAGGAGGGGAUGAGGCAGCACUAUCAGUUGGGCCAGUUUCUGAGGAACCGAUACAAAGGUCUCCUCAACGAAUCCUACGAAAGACACGAGAUUUUAGUUCGCAGUACAGACUACGACCGCACCCUGAUGAGCGCCGAGGCCAACUUGGCAGGUCUCUACCCCCCCAGUGGUCAGCAGGUCUUCGACUCCAAACUGAAGUGGCAGCCGAUACCCGUCCACACCGUGCCGCAAAGUGAAGAGAGGCUUCUCUCAUUUCCUCUGGGAGACUGUCCUCGCUACAAACAGCUGAUGAAUGACACUGAAAAUACAGAGGAAUUCAUUAAUAUGACCACUAAAUACCAGGACAUCUUGGAGCUGGUAAAUAGUAAAACUGGACUGAAUAGGACCAAUGUGGAAACCGUUUGGAGUGUGUACGACACACUCUUCUGCGAGUCCCGUCACAACAUGUCAGCUCCUGACUGGGUUACUCCUGAUGUGAUGGGAAAGCUCAGGGUGCUCAAGGACUUUGGAUUUAGGGCUAUGUUCGGGGUCUACAAUCAACAAGAAAAGAGCCGGCUGCAGGGAGGUAUGCUGCUGGGUGAAAUAGUGAAGAAUCUUUCCAAGAUGGCUGUCCCAGACCCGUCACAGCGACUCAAACUGAUGGUGCUGUCAGCGCAUGACACCACUGUUGUUGCUCUUCAGAGCAGCUUAAAUGUGUUUAAUGGAAGACAGCCACCGUAUGCCUCCUGCCAAAUGUUUGAGGUGUACAGGGAUGACAAUGGCUCUGUUUCGGUGUCAAUGUUCUACCGGAACGACAGCACAGUGGCUCCGUACCCGUUGACGUUACCGGGCUGCUCCCUUGAGUGCCCCCUUGAGGAGUUUGUGAGAAUUACAAAGAGCUCCAUUUCAGACGACAGGGACAAAGAGUGUCAAGAGCCUUCCAAUGGGACGGAUAAAGAGGUCAUCAUUAGUCUGGUGGUGUCCAGCAGUCUGCUCUUCGUCCUCAUCGUCGUCCUCCUCGGGAUCAUUUGCUGGCAGAAAUCCCAGAGCAGCGUAAGGGGAUACCACCACGUGAUCAACGGAGAGGUCGGAGAGGAAUCCUGACAGAAGCACAAGCUCCUUCCACGGAGACCUCCAAGCCUGGCAUCGUGGGGCAGCAGCGACGAUGAUGAAUUCUAAAACUCCCGAGUGACCUUUCUGAUUGUGUCAUCAAAUAUGGUGUGGGACCCGCAGUGAUUUAAAAAAAACAUACCUGAUAGCAAAAGAUCUAAAUUGUUGAUCUAAUUUAAACUGAAUUAGGUAAAGAAGUUGAACACUGUGCUCGAGUGUUUACAGGACGGAUCUGUUUCUGCUGGUAUUUAAUUGUCAAGAUGUGUGCGUAAUUGCAAAUUCAUGUGCAGUGUCUAUGUCAGAAUUUAUUUGUGCAGAGAUGUGCUUGUGUGUGUGUGUGUUUAUAGCGGGUGAGUGUGUUGAUUAAUUUUGUUUGUGUGUUAACUCUGAGGCCAAGAGAGCCAACGACCAUGAUGCCUUAAAUAGUAUUUUGUCUUUUUGUCCUGAACUAAGCUUUUAAGCUUUAAGUCUGAAUUUGAUAUGUCACAAAAGCGACACGUUGUGUCGAUCACAAGAGCCUUCGCUCAAGGAAAGCAUCUCCCUUCGGCAAGACACUAAAAUACCACCUCGUGGAACUUAACCUUUGAACUUCUGGUCAAAGAUACCAAGUGAAAUAAACUACAUUUGGGUUUCAACAAAAAUCUGAUUCAUUUCAGCCAUUUAAAUUACCCCAGUAUAUUAUUCCUCUUCAAUUUUAAACGGAAUAAUUGUUUUCUCUUUUUUUUUAAAUUGGUAAAUACUGAAAAUCAUGUGGGGGGGUUUUUUAAGUCUGCUUUUAGUUAUUUGAAAAACACAAUACCAGGCCUCUUAUAAAUACAAAAAUGAAAUGAUUUUUCUCAAAUGUGAUUUCUUUACGCAGCCUAUAAAGGUUUAUUUUGGUGUUCUCUGAUUGCAAAGCUGAAAGAAUGUAUUACAAAUGAACAACAAAUGAAUUUGAAUCCUAAUAAGGCCUCCAGUUAAUCUGGAGAUCAUUUUUGUCCUGUGUUAGUAUUAUUAGAUCAAUUCAGUGAUUUUUAACAAUUGACGUAUUUUGUCAACUUUGUAUUUUCUAUCUCAUUGAGCUGUUUGGUUGCCCUGCUAAAGCCUUUAAUAAAUAUCUCAAUUGCAGUCAAAGAA